AUGUCGAAAAGAAUAGGAGCCCCAACAUAUCAACCCGCUUCCAAAAAGAAGGCAGAACAUGACGAUGCUGAUGUACAAUAUGUGCCGCAUUUCGAAUCAGAACUAUCUGAAAAUAUUAAAAUUGACAAAUCGAAGUGGGCUAGACCAGAAGUAGAUCCAAACCUCGGAAAAACUAAAAAUAUUGCCUGUCAGGUUCUAGAAGUUGAAACAUACAACGAACCUGGAACUGCAUCGUCUGUCGAUCGAACAAAUGUGAAGCUUUACGGCGUCACCAAAAGUGGAAAUUCGAUUUGUGUAAUUGUAACCGAUUACUUUCCACACUUUUAUUUCCAGGCUCCAAAUGGUUUUGGUCCCGAGCAUGUUGGAACUGCACAAGCUGCUAUUAAUAAUUCAAUUGCUUCAUCACUGCGUCGUGGUGGUUCCGGAAAUAUCCAAUUAUCUGGAAAUGUGAUUGAUAAUCUGGUCCAUUUAAAAAUAGUUGAAGGAGAAAAUCUGUAUUAUUUUAGAGGGUCGAACAAGAAAGUUCCUUUCGUUAAAGUGUCUGGUUCUACUAACUCUCUUCACAAGGCUAGAAAUGAAUUGAAGAACGGAAUCAACCUAAUGGGAACCGGAUGUUUGAAUAUUGGAACGCUUUAUGAGUCCAAUAUUGACGCCGAAGUCAAGUUUAUGGCAAAAACGGGAAUUGUUGGUUGCGGAUGGAUAGAGAUUCCUGCCGGGAAGUGUGAGGUUCUUCCGAGAACGCGUAAAUCAUCGCGCUGUCAAAUUGAGGUUAUCGUGACUGUGAAAGAUCUUAUUGUUCAUGAAAGCAAUGGCGAAUGGGCCGAUAUCGCGCCAAUUCGAACUUUAUCACUCGAUAUUGAAUGCAUUGGAAGACGUGGAAUCUUUCCUGAAGCAAAUGUUGAUCCAAUCAUUCAAAUUGCGAAUUUGGUCAAAAUUGAAGGCGAAUCGGAACCAUUUGUUAGGAAUUGUUUUGUUCUUGGAACAUGUGCUCCAAUUGUAGGGAGUGAUAUUAUUCAAUGUGUCAAUGAGAAAGUAUUGCUAGAACAGUGGGCAGAAUUUGUACGAGAAGUCGACCCUGAUAUCAUUACAGGCUACAAUAUUCUUAAUUUUGAUCUGCCGUACAUUUUGGAUCGUGGAAAAGUGUUGAAGCUUCCUAAGGUUGCCCAUCUCGGAAGACAAGUUGAUCGUGCUUCGAAUGUUCGCGACGCUGCGAUUUCAUCAAAACAGAUGGGAAGCAGAGUCAACAAGAACAUUGACAUUCAUGGAAGAAUUAUCUUCGAUGUGUUACAGGUCGUCCUUCGCGAUUAUAAGUUGCGAAGUUACACGUUAAACAGUGUUUCGUAUCAAUUCUUAUCGGAACAGAAAGAAGAUGUUGAGCACAGCAUUAUUCCCGAUCUUCAAUGGGGAAAUGAGCAUACGAGAAAAAGAUUGGCGAUGUAUUGCCUCAAGGAUGCGUAUCUUCCUCUUCGGCUUCUCGACAAAUUGAUGUCCAUUAUUAACUAUAUCGAAAUGGCGAGAGUCACUGGAGUUCCAAUGAAUUAUUUGUUAACACGAGGACAGCAGAUUAAAAUUCUCUCUAUGAUGCUUCGCCGAUGCAAAGCCAAUAAUUUCUUUCUCCCUGUAAUUGAAGCUAGUGGAGGCGAUGGAGAGAGUUAUGAGGGUGCCACCGUUAUUGAUCCAAUUCGCGGUUUCUAUAACGAGCCGAUCGCCACCCUUGAUUUCGCUUCACUUUACCCAUCCAUUAUGAUUGCUCAUAAUCUAUGCUAUACAACCCUUCUAAAGGCUCCUCAAGGUGUCGAAGGAGUCGAUUAUAUUAAAACGCCAUCUGGACAAUAUUUUGUAACACAAGCGAAACGACGUGGACUUUUGCCAGAGAUUUUAGAAGAUUUGCUGGCGGCGAGAAAACGUGCAAAAAUUGACAUGAAAAAUGAGACGGAUGAGUUCAGGAAAAUGGUUUAUAACGGAAGACAGCUCGCUUUGAAGAUUUCGGCUAACUCCGUUUAUGGGUUCACUGGAGCUACAGUUGGAAAAUUGCCUUGUUUGGAAAUUUCGCAAUCGGUUACCGCAUUUGGUCGAAAAAUGAUUGAUAUGACGAAAAAUGAGGUGGAGAGGAUUUACAAGAAGGGAGCAUUGAACGGAUUAUGCCCACAAGAUGCCAAAGUUGUCUAUGGUGACACAGAUUCGGUGAUGGUAAAAUUUGGAGUAGAAACAGUAAAAGAUGCAAUGGAAAUUGGGUUGCACGCUGCUAAAGAAGUUAGCAAAAUCUUUACGCCUCCAAUUAAAUUGGAAUUUGAGAAAGUUUAUUUUCCAUAUUUACUAAUCAACAAGAAGCGUUAUGCUGGAUUGUACUUUACUAAACCCGAUGUGCAUGACAAAAUGGAUUGCAAAGGUUUGGAAACCGUUCGUCGUGAUAAUUGUCCAUUGGUAGCUAAAGUUCUUGGCAUCUGCUUGGAAAAGCUUCUCAUAGAUCGAGAUCAGAAUGCUGCGCUCAACUUUGCCAAACGUACGAUUAGUGACCUAUUAUGCAACAAGAUUGACAUUUCUCUCCUAAUUAUCAGUAAAGAAUUGACCAAAUCUGGAGAUAAAUAUCAAGCCAAACAAGCUCAUGUUGAAUUAGCUGCCCGGAUGAGAAAAAGAGAUGCUGGUAGUGCUCCAAGACUCGGCGAUCGCGUUCCUUAUGUUUUUAUUGCAUCUGCGAAAAAUGUGCCAGCCUAUGAAAAAGCUGAGGAUCCCACCUUUGUCUUGCAAAACAACAUUCCAAUUGAUACGAAGCAUUAUCUAACAAAUCAGCUCGCGAAACCGCUUGCUCGAAUCUUUGAGCCAAUUUUGGGAGAUCGCGCUGAAAAGUAUCUUGUGGAAGGUGAACAUACUCGAAUUAGAACAGUGGUUCAGAGUAAAGUCGGAGGAUUAGCAGCAUUUACGAAGAAGUCGGCGACAUGCUUAGGAUGCAAAAGUGUGCUGCCUAGUAACGAGUCAAAGAAUGCAGUGUGCAAGCAUUGUAUUCCGAAACAGGCUGAUAUUUAUAUUUCAAGAAUCAGCACAUUGAAUGAACUCGAGAAUCAAUUUGCACGUUUAUGGACCGAAUGCCAAAAUUGUGCGAAAACCGUUCAGGAUAAAGUGAAUUGCUCAGCAAGGGAUUGCCCAAUUUACUAUAUGCGGGAGAAAGUUCGAAAUGAUCUCGAAGAAGCAGCGGCUGUCGUCGAACGAUUCGUGCAAACCAACGUUCUUCAGAUGAAAUGCGGAAGUAUAGCAUUUCUUCUUGUUUUAAACUUGAGUUUUGCCAAACCGGAAGAAGCUGAGUAUUUUCAGCCGGAAGUUAUCAAAGAGUAUCGAGAAAAAGUACGAAAAAUGUUCUAUCAUGCUUAUGAGGGGUAUUUGACAUACGCAUUUCCUCUAGAUGAGCUCAAGCCGAUCACAUGCACUGGUCAGGAUACAUGGGGAUCGUUUUCAUUAACGCUAGUCGACGCUCUCGACACCCUUCUGAUUAUGGGGAAUGUCACCGAAUUCAAACGAGCCGUAGAUCUUGUAUUGAAAUCGGUUCGUGAUGACGUUGAUGUCAAUGUCUCAGUGUUCGAAACGAAUAUUCGGGUUGUCGGCGGUUUAAUAUCAGCUCAUAUGCUUGCUGGAAGGCAUAAAGAACUAAUCGAAGACUGGGAAGGGUGGCCGUGUGAUGGUCCGCUUUUGAGGCUUGCUGUAAAAAUGGCGGAUAAGCUUCUUCCAGCAUUUAAUACAGAAACUGGAAUGCCUUAUGGAACUGUCAAUCUGAGGUAUGGUGUUCACAAAGAGGAAACGCCGAUAACAUGUACUGCUGCUAUUGGAACAUUGAUUGUAGAAUUUGGGACACUUUCCCGACUUACUGGCGAUGAAAAGUAUGAGCGAAUUGCAUUGAAAGCCCUUGAUGUUCUAUGGGGCACAAAAUCACCGUUGGGCUUAGUCGGGAAUCAUAUCAAUGUUCAAACUUCUCAAUGGACGGCAGUAGAUUCCGGAAUUGGUGGCGGAAUUGACAGCUAUCUCGAAUAUCUCGUCAAAGGAGCGUACUUGUUCAGAAGGCCGACGCUUAUGAAACAAUUUGAAGAAUAUGUGACGGCGAUCAAUAAAUACGUGAGAAAAGAAGAUUGGUUUGUCUGGGUCUCAAUGACAAAAGCCACCGUUUCAAUGCCCGUUUUUCAAUCACUCGAGGCCUUCUAUCCCGGUCUUCUCACUAUGGUCGGAGAUGUUCAAGACGCACAGAGAAUCAUGCUGCAGUACGCGGAACUGAUAAGAAAAUAUGGAUUCCCACCAGAGUUUUAUAAUAUCCACAAUGAAGAGCCUGUGGAAAAUCGAGCCGCGUUCCCGUUGAGACCAGAAAUGAUUGAAUCGCUUAUGUAUUUGUAUAGAGCCACUAAAGACAGUAAAUGGUUGGAGUUGGGAGCUGAAAUGGUUGAUGCUAUCGAAAAUUCAGCACGGACUCCUUGUGGUUAUGCAACUAUCAAUAAUGUUAAAGACCAUUCGAUCGAGGACAGAAUGGAAUCAUUUUUUCUCGCGGAAACCACGAAGUACUUGUAUUUGCUCUUCGACACUGAAAAUUUUAUUCAUAGCGAUGGAAGAAAUGCGAGAAUAUUAAAGUCGUCGAAAAAUUUGACAUGCGCCAUUUUUGCCGGCGGCUAUAUUUUCAACACCGAGGCCCAUCCAGUUGACCCGGGAAUGCUUGAUUGUUGCAGUUCGCAAGCUCGUAAAGAGCAAGAAUCAUUGAAGGACUUGAACAAAAACCUUAAGAUUAUCGAUGUUUCCCUAUUGGAUGUGAAAGAAGAGAAAAUCAGCAAGGAUGCUGCUAUUGAUGAAUUAGAAAUCGAGCGAAGCACGAAAAAAGGUGGCGUUAAUUAUUAUGCUAAUCAAUAUGGAAAAGAUAAAGAUUUAGUCGAAUUCGAAGUUGAUGAGAAUAUGAGGAAAGAUGCUAAAAAGAAACAAUUUUUGAAAAAGGUUCAUGACUUGUUUAUGAAUGCCCAUAAAAUUGAUGAGUUGAAAACGAACGAGGGAGAAGAAUCUACAACGGCUGAGAAACUUCUCAAACAGUUACACAAAAUCCAACCAAAUAUGACCGAGGAAAUUGAUGAUUUGUAUUAUAAAACGGCAGAAGAGUUCUCAGAACAGCAGAGAAUUCAAGAAGCAACCGAGUACUUGCGAAGAGUCGAGGUUCCCGAAGUAUAUUGUGAGGAUUGUUGUUAUCCAUUGGAUAACGUUGGAGAUUGCAUGGAGUUGAGGUUGAUGCUCGCCGAAAUCUACGAAUAUCACAUUUAUCCAAAUAAUGGUAUAAAAUUCACACGUGGGCCGGUUUGUUGGUUCGAUGACAGGCCUCGGGUCGAAGACAACUACAAAAACGAGCAUCCAGAAAUUACAUCACCAAAAUGGGAUUUGAAUUUACCUGAAGAUUCGCGUCCUAAUUGGAGCUAUUCGGAUUUUUUAGAUGUCGAUAAAGAUGAAAUGGAUCGAAUAGGUUAUGAUCAUUUAUUAGCACCUGGUCCAUCAUUCCAUGAUCAAUUUACUGGCGGCGGUCAUAUCGCGUUGAAGCGAACAUCAUCAUGAAUGCUGUCUAUACGUAAUCACGUAUGGAAUCGAUUAUUGUCUUCGGCUGCCUAUGGCAGUGGCACAAAUGCCUAUACGAUGAGAACGCACACUUGCAACGAUUUGAGUUUGCGAAAUAAAGAUGAGAAAGUCAGCAUCAUGGGUUGGCUUGCUUAUAAACGAAUGAAUCGAUUUCUAGUAAUUCGAGAUUCUUACGGGUCUGUUCAGGCGACAAUUCCGGAGAACUCCAUUCUAUUGAAUAAAAUCAAUGAUAUUCCUUACGAAUCAGUCAUCCGAGUCGACGGUGUUGUCGCAGAUCGUGGAGAACAUCGUAAUUCAAAAAUGAAAAGUGGUGAUAUUGAGAUUGUCGUGGAAAAACUUUCUAUUCUGAAUGAAGCCUCUUCGAAAUUGCCAAUGCUUCCUGAUGCAAAUGCCAAUGAGAGGACGAGAUUGAAAUAUCGAUAUAUUGACUUAAGAACCGGAAAAAUGCAAAAUGCGCUUCGACUUCGGUCAGAUUUUGUGCAUAAUACCCGAAAGUUCCUCGUCGAACAUAGAAAUUUCGUCGACGUCGAAACUCCAACAUUGUUUCGAAGAACACCAGGAGGAGCUGCGGAAUUUGUUGUUCCGGCUCCUGCUCCGAACAUGGGACUCGCUUAUUGUCUUCCGCAAAGUCCGCAACAAUUCAAGCAAUUACUUAUGGUUGGCGGAAUUGAUAGAUAUUUUCAAAUUGCUCGAUGCUAUCGAGACGAGGGAUCAAAAGGAGAUCGUCAGCCAGAAUUCACCCAGAUUGAUAUCGAGAUGUCCUUCACGAAUCAGGAAGGCGUAAUGAAUCUCAUAGAGGAUUUUAUCAUUUCAGCAUGGCCUAAAUCAUUAGAAGGUCUGAAACCUGCGAAGCCAUUCCCAAGGAUAUCUUAUGAUGACGCGAUGCUUAAUUAUGGAAGUGAUAAACCAGAUAUGAGAAUCCCUUGGAAAAUCGAGGAUGCUACUGAUUUUUUCAAGGUUCUUAAUCCUCAAGAUGCCCAUGAUGACUGGACUGCAAGGGUUAUCGUGUGUCGUGGAGCUUCGGAAAAUCAUUUGUCGAAUUCGAUUUUGAAAGAAUGGAAACGUCUUAUCCAAAUGAACAAAUUAGGCAAGGCAUUUGCUGUUUGUCAACCGAAAAAGGCUAACUGGUUCAAAUCUAUUUCAAAUCAAGAAAUCAUUGAUCGAUUCGAGUUGACAAAUCAAGACACAAUUCUAGUUUCGUGGGGCGAUUUUGAUGGAGUUUUAUGGACACUUGGACAACUUCGAAACUUCAUCGCCGAAGAAUGUGGAAUUCGUAGUAGAAAUGAAAUAACAGCACACUGGAUUGUAGAUUUUCCAUUAUUUUCUGUCGAGGAUGGCAAAUUAGUGUCUACCCAUCAUCCCUUCACAGCCCCAAUCGAUGAUCACAUGGAGUUGUUGAACAGCAACGAUCGCGAAGAGCUGGAAACAAUUACAGGCCAACAUUAUGAUUUGGUAAUCAACGGCGUCGAAAUGGGCGGAGGAUCGAUUCGAAUUCACAAUGCGCAACUUCAAAGAAGAGUGCUGGACAUUCUUAAAGAGCCAACGAACGAGAUGGAGCAUCUCCUCAAUGCCCUUUCUUCCGGUGCCCCACCGCACGGUGGCUUUGCUCUUGGCCUCGACCGAUUUGUCGCCUUAUUAUCAUCGAAAGGUGAUCCAACAACUCCUGUUCGAGAUGUUAUCGCAUUUCCAAAAACGAAAACUGGAAACGAUUUGAUGAGCGAUGCGCCGGCCAGGGUUUCCGACGACCAACUCGAUAGAUAUGGUAUCAGAAUUGUUGAUAGCAACGCCGAUAAGAAUCUUGUUUCAAUGUUGACAUAA